CAGAACGAUCAUUUGAGUUUCGAACGUUCGCCGCACGCGUCUUUUAGAAAAUAAAAUAUUAAAGACUUUGAUGUAUUUAAAAACAUGACUCCAAUAAACAUAAGGACUUGUGUGUUGUUGACGGUUCUUAAAAUUAUUUAUACAAACGGAUUAUCCUUGCCACCAUCACACUCUUGCGUCAUUGGGGCUGGCUAUUCAGGGCUGGCUGCGGCGAGAUAUUUAAAGGAAUUCGGCCUCAAAUUCACCGUGUUCGAAGCCUCCCGCGAUGUUGGUGGGACUUGGCGCUUCGAUCCCAACGUUGGUCUUGACGCUGAUGGCAUCCCUGUCACCACAAGCCAAUAUAAAUAUUUAAGGACCAACACUCCAAGACAAACUAUGGAAUUUAAUGGCUAUCCUUUUCAGAACGCGACCCCCACAUUCCCAACUGGCACUUGCUUUUACAAAUACAUCAAAUCAUUCGUAAAGAAAUUUGAUUUGAAGAACAACAUUCAAUUGCGUAGCUUAGUGACUUCCGUUUCCCGGGUUAAAUACCAUUGGGAUCUGGUGUAUUUUAACACCGAGGAUCGUCAGGAGUAUGGCGUCGACUGUGACUUUGUGAUCAUCGCCAACGGACAGUAUGUCAGGCCUGUGGUACCAAAUUUCAUUGGUUUAGAGGCAUUUGAAGGCACAGUCAUGCACAGUCAUGAUUACAAAGGUCCCGAAGCGUUCGAAGGUCGAAAGGUUCUCCUAGUGGGGGCCGGGGCCUCUGGUCUGGAUCUGGCCGUUCAACUGAACAACAUCACGGCGAAACUGGUGCACAGUCACCAUCUUAAAUACAAUCAACCGAAAUUCUCCGAUAAGUACGUAAAGAAGCCGGAUAUUAAAGUGUUUGUGAAGAAUGGAGUCAUCUUCGAAGACGGCAGCUUCGAGGAGGUGGAACAUGUUAUUCUUGCUACAGGAUACGAGUUCGACCAACCGUUCCUAGACGACACCAGCGGUUUGACGCGCACUGGAAAGUUUGUGUUGCCUUUGUAUAGGAACAUUAUCAACAUAGCUCACCCCAGCAUGAUGUUCCUGGGUGUCGUCAAUGGAGUUAUCACGAGAACGAUGGACGUUCAGGCUGAGUACAUAGCGUCGUUGAUUGCUGGAAAAUUUAAACUUCCGUCUCAAGACGAGAUGUUAGAAAGUUGGCUUAAACACGUUCACUCCUUGAAGUAUAAUUCCAAUAAGAUACUUUACGUCAACACUAUCGGCAAGGAGAUGGACAAUUAUUUCGGUAAUUUGACUGAAGAGGCUGGAGUAACAAGAGUGCUGCCGGUGUUGUCGGAUAUAAGAGAUUUUAAUGCCGAAAAUCGUCUCGAAGAUCUCCUUAAUUACAGAGAUUACGAUUUCGAGAUCAUCGACGCGAACAACUAUAAGAGGUGGUAUAACGGCGGUGGGGGAAGAGCGGAGGAGUGCUUUAUUGAAGAGUAGAGUGUAUGAACGAAUGAAGGUGCUGUGAGAUGAAUCAAUGGACGUAUGCAGCGUUUCGAGCGAUCAUUUAAAAACGAUACGUUACAGAAUCUUAAUAAAAUAAGAAAAAUGUUAUUUAUAUGACUUAAUCAAACGUGAACAAAAACAGAGAUUGUGUGAAAUAAAUAUGUAGAUUACUGAAAUAUAGAUAAUUAUGAAUAAUUAUUAUAUAUAGAAAGGGAUUUUUACAGACACACAGACGAAUAAAAUAAUAUAUAUAUAACUCAAUAAACGCCCAAAAAUAAUCACGAGCUUUACUGCAAAUGUUUUUAUAAACGCGUUUCGUUGAGCCAAAUAAUAUGUAGAGUAUAACAAUGAUCAGUGCUUUCAUCCACGACUCUAAGAAUUGAAAGAAUCAUCUUCAUAUAAAAAUACAUAUUUCUCUUAAGAAACACUAAGUUUUUCGGAUACUAAUCAUUUUUAUUCCCUCUCGCUCUCUCUCUUUCUCUCCCUAUAUAUAUAUAAUUAUACAGAGGAGAUUAAAGAAUGAUAUGAUAACUUUCAUCACUUCGUGUAAACGCGAUAAUGUUAGUUAUCAUUAUACAUAUUUAUUGAAAGUUAAAUUAUAAAUAUUUUUUUUAACUCCACAAUGUACGUCAUUAAUAUGUAACGAAUUUAAGUAUUUUUAUUACAAUAAUGUACUUAAUAAUUAUACAAAUGUAAAAAUAAGUAAAAUUAAAAAAAAAAAACAACUGUUACCAGUUCUUAAAAUGUGUAAAUAAUUUAAAAGUACAACGUAAAGUUUGCAUAGAAUUUUAUACGUUAUUUUUUAAAUUAUGUUAUCGUACUAAAAGUAUCUAAUAAAAUUUUUAAUUUUACAAUUA